AUGAGGAAGCGAGCGGCAAACAAACGCAAGCCAGCGUCACCAUGAUGUGUGCACGAGCCUUCCUCGGCCGUCGUCAAGGAAGGGAGAGGUCUGUGCAGAUGAAGAAUGGUCCGGCACUGUGACGCCUGUGAGUCACUCAAGCUCGCGAGAGUCGCAAGGGGCGUGUCUUCCUCUCCUCGACAGACGAGAACAGCACCCUCCUCGCCCCUGCCUGGCUCUCUGGCACGCUCGCAAGAACGGCCAAAGCGCAGCAUGAGCGCCCAAGGCUACUCAGAGCUAGUCGAACGGGUCUAUGACAAGCCGGACAAGCUGCUGCCCGUCGCCGACUUGCCCAAGCUCUUCGGCCCCAGCCUGCCUGCGUACGAAGCUCAGCUGCUCCAGCAGCUCGCAGAUCAGCACGGCGAAGAACUCUCGCUGGGCAAGGCGGAGCUGCUGUCGUUCUUUGACAUGGCAGCUGCCACCUCAGCAUCAUCAUCAUCACCACCCGUCGAGCCAAGUCAAGGCACCGUCAGCAACAGUCGACCGCCUUCACGACUCACGAGGACAGAGAGUAGCUAUGACAGCAAGCCGGGCAGCGGGCUCCCUCGUCCCUCUUCACGACUGUCCAACGGAUCAUCAGCCACCACAAAGGCGCACUCAACGCCUGCAAAGACCCCGCCAAUGCCAACCCAAUCUACUCCCAGCCGUCUGGGUACACCAUCCAAAGGCUACGGGCAACGCUCUAGUCCUCUGCAGUCAGCUUACCCCGUCAGAGCCGCCAAGCCAAGGCGAUCCGCCCCAAGCGCACUCAGGACGAGUACGCCGCCGACGUCUGUCAGUCUACCUGCGCUUGCCAACCUGUCGCACGAGACUUCGCCAAUCAAGACCAGCCGGUCGUCCCCGAACGGCUUCAGGCCAGAUCGUACCGGCUUCUCUGACGAGCGCACCGGCUCACCUGAGCCUAUGCAAGGCAUGUCAACCUCAUCAUCCUCCUCUACACUCGUCGACUCACCGCCACGCAAGUCCGAUCGACCCAUCACGCCCAGAUCCAACGUAUCCACACCCCUCUCGCUCGCAAGAUCUUCGCCUGACUCGCCUGGACUCGACCAGACAAGCUACUAUGCGCGACCCUUUUCACCUCCUUCGCCCACUCGAACAGAGCGUCCCGCCAUUGUGCUCGAAGAGCACGAGGAGGAGGAUGAGAUGACAAUGGCGAGCAUGGCGAAGGACCUCUUGGGCGUUUCGCACGGUGUUGGAGCUCUGUCGUAUGCUCCUCCCUUACCGCCCGAGCUGAGCCCUGGGAUGGCAUCAGAGCCCAUGUCACGUGGUAGCACGCUCAGUAACGGUAGUAGCGACGGCCAGCGUAACUCGGCCUUCUCUUAUGCUGCUGGCUCGAGCUCAGAGUCCGAGCACGAACGCGACAUUAUCGCUUCGCUCGUUGCAGAGAAGCACGAGCUCACAAAGAAGAUUCGAGAUCUCGAAGCCAGUCAAAGGUCGCUGAUUGAAUCCCACGAUCGGGACAUGCUCGAAAAUCAGAGUCUGCUUGCCGAGUCUCAGCGCGAACUCGGUCAGAAGCGGCGCGAGGAGAAGGAAUUGCGAAUCGGCGAAAGGCAUCAGCUCAAUCAGAUUGCAAGUCUCGAGAGCGACAACAGCCGACUGUCUGCUACGCUCGAUCAUCAGAAAGAACUUUAUAGCAGUCUCAAGACAUCUUUCGAAGAGCAAUGUGACGAGUCUGAGAAAUUACGCGACAUCGUCAGGCUCAAGGAGCAGGAGCUCUUCGAGAAUGUCGAGCGCACAGUCGCUCUUGCCGAACAGUUGGAGACAUCGAACACCCAGAAGGACUUCGCUGACGCUGCCAUUGCACAACUCGAAGGGGACCUAGCGAGCGCGCGCCAGGCAGAACAUGACCUCGAGGAGGAACGGCAGCACGGUCUCGCGCUCAAGGAGACGAUCGAUCGCCUCCGCCUAGAUCUCGACAGCCUCCGUCUCGAGCGGCAAACAAAGCCUGAUGGUGAAGGUCAUGCAGCUACGCUCAGCAAAAGCUUCGGCGCAGAACUCGCGCGGCUGCCCGAACACAGCCAAGUCGUCGGCUGGUCGACCUCCCUGGCCGGCUCAGACAAGAUGAAGCUCUUUGCAAGUAUCAGUGAAAGUGCCUCGCCUGGACUGUCCUUCCGACGGAAGCUUCGAAAGACAAGCAGCGAGAUCUUUGCGCGAUCAGAUCUAAACGGAUUCAUGACCCCCAACGAAUCGAUCUCCUUGCCUCGGCCACAGCAGUUGACCAUCAAGGCACUCGAAACGCUCGCAUCAGAAGCGUCGGUCACUGCUGAGCAGGCAUGCAAGACGGCGGCUACACGCCUCGAGCUGACAUCGGAGCAAGUCGGCAAUGUCCCCUCGAGCACAGCAGACAGGGUAGACAAGAACAAGCAAGUGGUGCGUACAAGCGACCAGCGACGAACGCCUGCGCGAUGGACACGCUGUCUGUCCCAGAUACCGACGUUUGCAGCUAUCAAAGCGAAUGUCACUUUCAUGUGGCGCUCAGCAAAGUCAUCACUCCCCAAUGGCCUCAUCGCUCAUCUCGCUCUCUGCGUGCUGUACACUCUCGUCGUAUAUUGCGCAGGCGUCAUAUCCGGCAGCUUGCUGAGGCCCUGCGACUCUCCAUUCGACCAUCAUCAUCUCGGCGACGCACUGCAAGAUGUAUCGUACGCUAUCGUCGAUCAGUUCGUGCGACAGCCCAGUUGGAUAGACAGGCUGUUGCAAGACGAUUGGGCCCUCAGCAGCAUAUCCUAGCAUUUUCAUGUUGUUGUCAUUUGAGCGCUGCAAAACAAUCUAGAUCGUACAACAAGAC